UAUCAUUCUUGAUCUUCACGGCAUACGAGAUAGUGUGUGGUGUGUCAAAACAUUCGUUUAUUGUGGUGAUAGAAGAUUACGUGUAUUUAGCUCACCCAAGAGCUGGAUUAUUUACACCAGUUUAUUUAAAUUGGCCAGAAACGUUUCCACUGGCGAUUUUGCAAAGGAAAUGCGGUUGCACGCCUAUCUUCUGGCUGGCCUACUUUUCCAUGGGCUAGCGACUCUCAGUACUGGAGAAGAAGUCGAUGUAGUCGAGGCAGUUUCGAAUGUCGAAGACGAGCACGGCGUUCACGAGGACAAUGCGAAAACGGACCAGUUGGCUUUGGAAUCGGAGCAGGAAGGGCCGCCGAAAAAGUUAAGCUACAGUUCUCCAUCAAGAAAUCAGCAAAAUCCUUCCAGAAAUGGACCGGGUCAUAUCGGCCUGACACCCCCUCAAGUGGGAGGCAAACCUUACGGGCACAGCAAGCCGGUGUUCGACCACAAUUCUUAUAACGGCCCUCCGCCGCCCUUACCGAACAAGCAUCAGGCGAUGGAAAAAUACGGCAGCGGUGGCGAAAUCUGGCCGGCACCUGUACCUGAGAUGCCAAAGAUUAUUUCACUAGACGUUAAGUGCGAGAAAAGCCUCAUGAAAGUAUACAUCGGCUUUGACAAACCUUUCUACGGCAUAGUUUUCAGCAAGGGUCACUAUAGUAACGUUCACUGCGUCCAUCUACCGGCCGGGCUCGGUCGAACGUCGGCCCACUUUGAAAUCGGCAUUCACGCAUGCGGCACUUCCGGGAACACCGAAAACGGAUUGUACGGAUACGGCGCCGAAUCGGGAUCGGGAACGUACUUCGAAAAUAUCAUAGUGAUCCAAUACGAUCCGCAAGUGCAAGAAGUAUGGGAUCAAGCCAGAAAGUUACGGUGUACGUGGCACGACCAAUACGAAAAAUCGGUGACGUUCCGGCCAUUCCCUGUCGACAUGCUGGACGUUGUUAGAACCGACUUCGCCGGCGACAACGUCGGAUGCUGGAUGCAAAUUCAAGUGGGAAAGGGACCGUGGGCUUCGGAGGUGUCCGGUUUGGUAAAAAUCGGGCAGACAAUGACAAUGGUGCUCGCUAUUAAAGACGACGACUCCAAAUUUGAUAUGCUAGUAAGAAAUUGCAUGGCGCACGACGGCAAACGGGCACCUAUUCAGCUUAUCGAUCAAAAAGGUUGCGUAACGAGGCCCAAGCUAAUGUCCCGCUUCACGAAAAUUAAGAAUUUUGGUGCGAGCGCGAGUGUUUUAUCCUACGCCCACUUCCAAGCGUUCAAGUUUCCCGAUUCAAUGGAGGUGCACUUCCAGUGCACAAUUCAAAUUUGCCGAUAUCAAUGUCCCGAUCAAUGCUCCGAUGGUAGCAACCUACAUUUGCUGCACAAUGGUAUAACAGAUUUGGCCCACGUCAGUCCAGAUACGGGAUACGGCGCCCCACACAUUCCUCUACCUUUAGAAGCCUACCUGCAAUCCGGGCGACCACGAGACGAACGCAGAUUGAAACGUGCAGUUACCACCGACCCCGAAAAGGAAGUCGGAGUAAAUCGAGUUAUACGCGUUGUAUCCACUGGUGAUCUAACCUUCUCAUUGGACGACAACGGAACAGCCACAGCUCCUACUAUGGUAUUCUCAACCAAAGAAGAAAUUCUUAAUCCCGGUCUAAUUUGUAUGACGACAGUUGGCUUUACAGCUACCUUAAUCAUCUUGCUCAGUAUUUUAAUAGGUUCUUGUCUCAUGUCGACAUUUUUAUGCUUUAAAUUGAAACCGUUUUCAAUAAACAACAAAGUUGCCUCUAACUUUGGGGCAACGUCACCAAAGGAUAAGAAGACCAUGCCAAAAAGCUGUUUUUACUCGUAAAGAUAUAGUUUAAUCGCGUUUAUGCGAACGUACAGAUCGAACAAACUAGGAAAAUAACGUUGACGCUUUUAAAUUAAGUUAUUUAUUAUUGGCCACCUAUACUCAAAUUAUGCUCCCGUAGCCGAACGCCUUUGAGUAUAGCGUACCUAAUCAUGGUGAGACUCGUUUGAAUAUAGCCCCCACGGGGUUUACACAAACGAAUGGCUCACUGAUCGCCCGUUUGGUGCGGAACGCGUUUUUGUACAGUGAUAUGUAUAUAUACAAUUAGUAGUUUUAUUAUUUAUUUAAUUAUUUAACGUACAUUUUUGGAUGUGGUCACGGUUGGUUACUGAUACUGAUUGUUUCUUAAAGUAAACGUAUGAAUUGAAAAUUUUUAUUAUUUAAUAUCGUUUAGUUUAAGUUAGUUCGUCUUUUAUACGUAAAUAAAUAAGUACCUGUCUUUUUAUUUUUUAAUAAUAUAUAACAUGAGGCAAAAAUACUGAUAGUCAUAUGCAUAGUUCGAGAAAAAAUUAUUUAUUUAUUUAUUUAUUGAGAUUAUUUAUUAACUAAAGUAUUGUCAAGUUUUUUUUAAAGUAUUCGCCCAAAUUUGCUGUUUAGAAUUGUAUAUUUUAGGAAAGGAAAAUUAAGUAUAAUGAAAAGUUUUUGAAAUUGUUUUUUUUUGUCAAAUUGUCCGUAAUAUAUGUAAAAAUUGAAAUCAUUAAAACGUCACGGGAGGUGCUUUAGCGGCACAUAAAGUGGCGACAAAGAUAAGUAAGUCUGUCAGCCGCUAUCAAUGGGGUUCCAGGCAUAAAUUUUUUGUAUAUGCAAAAGAGGUUCGUAAUAAAAUUGAAUUUAUA